CUGCCGGGACACAGCAAGGAGGAGGAGAAAAAAAAAGGGAGGAGGAAGAGGAGACUGCUCGCUAGCGCCUCGCGCCCCUCCCGCUAUGGGUCCCCCGCUAGCGUUCCACUUCGCCCUGGGCUGCUGCUACUUCUGCCUGCUGCUCUCCGUCGUCUCUGCCUCCGUGGGAGAAGGGCUCGGAAAGGGUUUUGGGGAUCACAUUCAUUGGAGAACAUUAGAAGAUGGAAAGAAAGAAGCAGCUGCCAGUGGGCUGCCCUUGAUGGUGAUCAUUCACAAGUCCUGGUGUGGCGCAUGCAAAGCAUUAAAGCCCUUGUUUGCGGAGUCCAAGGAGAUCUCAGAGCUUGCCCACAAUUUUAUUAUGGUCAAUCUUGAGGAUGAAGAGGAACCCAAGGAUGAAGCCUUUAGCCCUGAUGGCGGUUACAUUCCGAGAAUCCUUUUCCUAGAUCCCAGCGGCCAGGUGCGCCCUGAAAUCACCAAUGAGAAAGGAAACCCCAGCUACAAGUACUUCUAUAUCAGUGCUGACCAGGUGGUGGAGGGGAUGAAGGAAGCGCAGGACAAGCUGACAGGUGACUCCUUUAAAACCAAGCAUCUGGAAGAUGAGCUGUGAUGGGUCUGGGAGCUUGUCCCACCCUCCAUUGAAAUAAAAGUGUUGGGAGGGGGAAGGGAGGAAUCUUCUCAUGGAAAAGACCAAGAACUGUGGCUUGCACUGGAAGGCAAGACUUGCCCUUCUGAGAAAGGGCUCUGUCCCCUUCAGAAAAUCCAAUUUUUCCUUCCAGUUGCAUGCCCUGGGAUUUCUCCCCUCCUUCCCCACCUACUUUUCAAUAAUUUGCCGUUUACUGUUGAAUGUUUGGCCCAAGAAUGGGCAUUAGAUUGCUUUGUGGUUGGACUCCCCACCACUCAACUUCUUAUCCCUUCUUCCCUGUCCUUUAUGGCUAAUUCAGUGAAAGUGUGGGUGGGAACGUGGACUUAAAGCAAAGCAGCCCAUCACUUUCCAUUUUCAAUGGAAAACUGGAAGGUUGGUCAGUGGCUCUGGUCCUACCGGGAAACCAGGGAAUGUUAGCUCCCUGCCCUUGACCUUCCUUCCUCCCUUCUCUCUCAUUUUUUUCUGUUUGCUCCAGGAAUUAAGUGAACUUUGAAUCAGCUCCCCCCUCCCCCCAUCCACUAUUGUCGAUGUCUGAGCAAUGCCUCACAUUCGACAGAUCCAUUCCGGGCAUUUCUUCACAUUGUAUUUUUGUACUAGGAUUUCGAAAAUGAUUCGUAGUUUAAUUAAACUUUUAAAUAAUACUUUAAA